AUGCUUAAGACACGACAUAGGACGGCAGAGUUUGGACAAGCUGACGUCUUGUCACACCUGAUCCCUCCAAGACCGACUCAGAGAGAAGAUAUUGUGAUAGCCAAAAUUGUACAGGACAUUCUUGCUGUUCAGAGUGCUGCUGUGAAAGCACUUCCCGUGACCAAGAAAACUACUGAAGAAGAGUCUAGGAAGGAUGAAAAGUUAUCUUAUAGAUGCUCUAGACAUGGCCAAGCAAGCCUGAAGGACAAAUCAACAGCUGGAAGGCUCUGA